AUGUCUCGCUUUCGUGGUGGCGGUAGCUGGGCGCGGCCCGAGAACGCGCUCAAGCGCGCGGAGGAACUGAUAGGCGUGGGGCAGAAGGCGGCCGCGCUGCAGUCGCUGAGGGAUGUGAUCACCAGCAAGCGCAGCAGGGCUAACUGGUCUAAGACGUACGAAGACAUCAUGUUCAAGCUGAUGGACCUCUGCGUCGAGAUGAAGCGCCGCAAUGACGCCAAGGAGGCGCUCAUGCAGUACCGCAACAUGUGCCAGCAAGUUAACAUCAACUCGCUAGAGGAAGUGAUUAAGUACUACCUCAACAAAGCUACAGAGAUGGCGGAGCAAGCGAGGGUGCAGGCAGAGGCGACGUCCCUGGACACUGUGGAGGACCUGGAGGAGGACGCGAAGCCAGAGGACCUGAUGCUGUCAUAUGUCAGCGGGGACAAGAGCAAGGACCGCACCGACCGCGAGCUGGUGACACCCUGGUUCCGCUUCCUGUGGGAGAGCCACCGCAGCGUGCUGGAGAUCCUGCGCACCAACCCCAAGCUGGAGGCGCUGUACGCCAUGGCGGCGACGCGAGCGUUCGGCUUCUGCCUGGCCUACAAGCGCAACGCCGAGUUCCGGCGCCUGUGCGACAUCCUGCGGCAGCACCUGGCCAACAUGCAGAAGUACCGCGACACGCGCGACAUCACCGCGCCCGAGUCGUGGAGCCUGCACCUGGAGACGCGCUUCGAGCAGCUGCGCGUGGCGUGCGAGCUGGAGAUGUGGGGCGAGGCGUUCCGCAGCGUGGAGGACAUCCAGAACCUCAUCAGCCUGGGCAAGAGGCAGCCCAAGCAGCAGCUCAUGGCCGCCUACUACUCACGCCUCACGCAGAUCUUCAAGGUGUCCAACGCGCAGCUGUACCACUCGUACGCGUGGCUGAAGCUCUUCAACUUCAGCCGCUCCUUCAACAAGAACCUGACGCCGGCCGACGUCUCGAUGAUGGCGACCAGCGUCGUGCUGGCCACGCUGAGCGUGCCGGCCUACGACCGCGCGCUGGCCGGGCGGGGGGGGGGGCUGCUGGUGAUAAGCAUCGGUGGCCUGUCGGGUGGUCGCCGGCAACUCUGA